AUGGUUUCUACAAACAAUAAGGAUAAACCUUGGGAUACACCCGAUAUCGAUAAAUGGACCAUCGAAGAAUUUAAACCAGAAGAUAAUGCUUCUGGUUUACCAUUUAUGGAAGAAUCUAGUUUUAUGACUUUAUUCCCAAAAUACAGAGAAAAAUACCUAAAGUCCAUCUGGAAUAGUGUAACGAGAGCACUUGAUAAACAUCAUAUCGGUUGUACACUUGAUCUUGUUGAAGGUUCCAUGACUGUCAAGACCACUAGAAAGACAUAUGACCCUGCUGUUAUAUUGAAAGCUCGUGAUUUGAUCAAACUUUUAGCUCGUUCUGUCCCAUUCCCACAGGCAGUUAAGAUUUUAGAAGAUGAUAUGGCCUGUGAUGUCAUUAAGAUUGGUAAUGUCGUUACAAAUAAAGAAAGAUUUGUUAAAAGAAGACAACGUCUUGUGGGUCCUAAUGGUAAUACUUUAAAAGCAUUAGAGUUACUAACUAAAUGUUAUAUUCUAGUUCAAGGUAACACUGUAAGUGUCAUGGGUCCUUUCAAAGGCUUAAAAGAAGUUCGUCGUGUUGUUGAAGACUGUAUGAAGAACGUUCAUCCUAUCUAUCAUAUUAAAGAGUUGAUGAUUAAAAGAGAAUUAGCUAAGAAACCUGAAUUAGCUAACGAAGAUUGGUCUAGGUUUUUACCAAUGUUUAAGAAGAGAAAUGUUGCUCGUAAGAAGCCAAAGAAGAUUAGAAAGGAAAAGAAGGUCUACACUCCAUUCCCACCUGCUCAAUUACCAAGAAAGGUUGAUUUGGAAAUUGAAAGUGGUGAAUAUUUCUUAAGUAAGAGAGAAAAAGAGAUCAAGAGACGUGAAGAGCGUAAAGAACAUCAAGAAGAAAAACAAAAGGAGAGAGAUACUGAAAGACAAAAGGAUUACAUUGCUCCAAAGGAAGAAAAAUAUUCAAGUUCAAUAAGUAGACCAGCAAAGAAAGAAAAGAAGAGUCAUCAUGAUGACGAAGAUUCAGUUGAAGAAUAA